AUUUCCUUUCACUCUCACUCUCACUCUCACUCUCACUCUCGCUUUCAUUCUUCCUUUCACAAUCCUGGUGAUGCCAUCUCACACUUCAAUCGCUUACUCCGAAUGUGUCCUACGACCCCUUCCAUCGUUGAAUUUAACAAGAUUUUAACUUCCCUUGUUAAGACCAAGAAGCAUUACUCCACCGCUAUCUCGCUUUCUCACAAAAUGGAGUUCACUGGAAUCAAGCCAAGCCUUGUUACUAUGAGCAUCUUGAUCAAUUGCUACUGCCACUUAGGUCAAAUCACUUCUGCUUUUUCUGUACUCGCCAGAAUUCUCAAGAGUGGUUAUCAGCCUGAUACCAUCACCUUCAAUACUCUCAUCAAAGGUCUCUGUCUUAGUGGCAAGGUUCAGCGAGCCCUCCAAUUUCAUGACGAUGUGAUAGCACAGGGAUUUCGGUUGGAUCAAGUCAGUUACGGAACCUUGAUCAAUGGGCUAUGUAAAAUAGGGGAAACCAGAGCUGCUUUGGAGUUGCUUAGGCGGAUUCAAGGGCGAGGGAUUAAACCUGAUGUGGUAAUGUACAACACCAUCAUUGAUAGCCUGUGUAAAGAUAAACUUGUAAGUGAUGCUUGCAAUUUAUAUUCUGAAAUGAUUGUCAAGGGAAUAUCUCCUGAUGUUGUCACGUACAGUGCUUUAAUAUAUGGCUUUUGCAUUGUUGGUCAAUUGAAACAAGCAAUUUCUUUGUUAGAUGAAAUGACAACAAAAAACAUCGACCCAAAUGUUUAUACUUAUAAUAUAUUGGUCGAUGCUUUAGGUAAGGAAGGGAAGGUGAGAGAAGCUAAGAACAUGUUAGCUGUGAUGAUUAAACAAGGUGUGAAACCUGAUGUUGUUACUUAUAGUUCCUUGAUGGAUGGGUAUUGCCUAGUUAAUGAAGUGAAUAAAGCCCGGGAUGUAUUCAAUGCUAUGGCUCGGAGGGGAGUGACUCCUAAUGUUCAGAGCUACAAUAUUAUGAUUAAUGGAUUGUGUAAGAUUAAAAUGGUGGACGAAGCCUUGAAUCUCCUUGAAGAAAUGGAUUACGAAAAGAUUAUUCCUAAUAAAGUAACCUACAGUUCUCUUAUUGAUGGUUUAUGCAAAACAGGGAAAGUAUCUAAUGCAUGGGAGCUUCUUGAUGAGAUGCAUGUUAGAGGUCAACCAGCCGACAUAAUCACCUAUAAUUCUUUCUUGGAUGCUUUAUGCAAAGGUCAUCAUGUUGACCAAGCAAUUGCACUUAUCAAGAAAAUUAAAGAUCAGGGUAUUCAGCCUGAUGCAUGGACGUACAAUAUACUUCUGGAUGGACUGUGCAAAGGUGGAAGAUUCAAGGAUGCACACGAGAUUUUUAAGGAUCUUUUGAUUAAAGGCUAUCAUUUAACUGUCCAGACAUAUACUAUUAUGAUCAAUGGGCUUUGUAAAGAAGGCUUGUUUGAUGAAGCGUUGACCUUACUGUCGAAAAUGGAAGAUGAGGGUUGUAUUCCUGAUGCUAUAACUUUUGAAACAAUUAUUCAGUCACUCUUUAAAAAUGGCGAGAAUGACAAGGCAGAGAAACUUCUUCGUGAAAUGAUUGCUAGAGGUCUACUGGAAAAAUAA